AUGUUGCAGGGACUAUUUGAUAUAUCCAAAGUAGACUCAUUCAACUUGCCCAAGUAUUUUCCCUUUCAUGAUGAAGUGAAAGCUUUAGUACAAAGAAAUCAAGAUUUCAGUCUCAAAGGGAUGGAGAUACUUGACAAUCCACCAAAGCGUCUCACUAAUCCCGAUCCCAAAUCAUUUUCCAUGUUCAUGCGAGUAUUGAUUGAGGGACUUCUGCAAAAUCAUUUUGGAAGCGAAAUCAUGGAUGAAUUAUUCAAGAAAUACGGAGAAAAAGUUGAAGAGUCUAGACUUCUAUCGGAUCCUAAUGAAAAUUCUCUGAUGGCACUUGUCCUUCUCAAGCGCAAAAGGAUGACUCGAACUUAUAGAGACAAUGAAGUCGUCCUUUGA